GCGAAUAUCAGCCGCAAAUGACUGCCACCACACAUUACAACUCCAUUCGGUAACGGCUCAUGAUGGCCAGCCUUGGAUAGAAGAAUAUUUGUAUUUCAACCUGCAAGACACUUGAAUUCCCCGACUGCAUGAUCGCUUUCAUCCACCAUCGCAGACUGCACACUCGGGCAUAACGAAAACCACCACCACCAUAUUCGGACAGUCAUCAAGUUCAACAUGGCAGACUCGGAGCUACCCAUAGUCCUCUACCACUACCCUUUCUCGCCCUAUGCUCGGCGGGUGCUGUGGUACCUGUCGCUUCGCGGCAUACCAUAUAAACAAUGCAUCCAACCGCCCACAAUGCCACGGCCUGACCUGGCCCAGCUGGGGAUCAAGCACCGGCGCAUCCCGGUCAUGGCCAUCGGUCGCGACGUCUACCUGGACACGCGCCUGAUCCUGGCCAAGCUCGAGGACACCCACCGGUCCCUCCCCAGGCUCGGCGCGGCGGACCCGCAGUCGAGGGGGGUGGGGCGCCUGCUGGCGGCGCUGACGCUCGACACCGACAUCUUCCUCGCGGCCUUCCGCCUGCUACCCGAGGACAAGCUGCCCAUGCUCAGGGAGCCCGAGUUCCAGAGGGACCGGGCCGACUUUGUGGGCGCGCCCCCGGGCGGGUGGGCGUCCAAGGCCGAGGCGGUCCACCGCUUCAGGGAGGUCAUGCAGGUGCUCGAGACGACCUUGCUCGCGGAUGGGAGGGACUGGAUACUGAACACGAGCGGGCCCAGCCUCGCAGACAUCGAGGCCGUGUGGCCCUUCCACUGGCUCGUGACGCUGCCGCAGCAGGCGCUGCCGCCGGACCAGGUCUCGGCCGCCGUCUUCCCACGUGUUUUUGCCUGGAUCGACCGGUUCGACAGGGCGGUGCGCGCGACCAAGGCGACGGCGCCCAGGCCCGAGACGCUGGGCGGAGGGCAGGCCGCGGCGCUGAUCCUGGGCUCGCGCUUCCACGACGACGCCGAGGGCGCAACGGCCGGCCCGGAGUACUGCGGUGCCGACGGCGGCGUCGCCAAGGGGGUCGCGGUGAGGCUCUGGCCGACCGACACGGGCGUCAACCACCGCGACACCGGCCGGCUCGUGGGGCUGGACCACGACGAGAUCGUCAUCGAGACCACCCUGGCCGGCGGGGAGGCUGGCGUGCGGCUGCACGCGCCCCGCCACGGCUUUAGGGUGCGGCCGGUGGCGGGACAGGAGACCGGCCGUCUCUAGGGAGUGGGUGGGCAGACGGCAGAUUGCAUUUCAAAGCCUCUAGGUACCUACUUUGUUGCAGUAUUCCAAUGGGCUGGGUAUCUACGCGAGGACAUCCCUCGAGUGCCGUUAGAUUCCCGCCCGCAGAUCUUGCUCUGAUCCAACCACCGUUUUUUUAUUAUUACCAUGCAUGUCUUGGAUCUGGCACUCAACGGCUCUCAAGAGGACGGAUAUGUACAGCCAGGCUCAAUCGCGACUCGUGACGUUGAACGUUGAACGAGGCAACGCUCCUCGGCCAAGAUCGGGCCCCAAGAGUCUAGAUCAACCAAGUGCGGCGAACAUGUAUACCUAGCCAUCUUUCGCCGCAUGGUCACAUGGUAUAGCAAUGUUUACAGAGCCUCGAUGGGGCACCGGAACCUCGAUCCAGGGAAACGGCCUUCGCAAUCUACUGUACCGCUUCUGCC